AUGGAUGCAACUCUGAAAGAGCUGACCAGCCUGGUGAAAGAAGUUUACCCAGAAGCACGGAAGAAGGGCACACACUUCAAUUUUGCCAUUGUUUUUACAGAUCUCAAGAGGCCUGGCUAUAGGGUGAAGGAGAUUGGCAGUACCAUGUCGGGCAGGAAGGGCACAGAUGAUUCCAUGACGUUGCAGUCUCAGAAAUUCCAGAUAGGAGACUACUUGGAUAUAGCAAUCACUCCCCCGAACCGCGCACCGCCCCCGUCGAGCCGCAUGAGACCUUACUAAACUACUGCUCUUUUUAUGACUACGUAUCCUGUUUAUUCCUACUUGCUGUUCUAAAGCAGGCUUAUUUUUUUGCUUUUGUUGCUAAGCACCUGCAGGCAAAGCUAAGCAUCAGAAAUAGAAGUUAACUCUUAAACCUUAACUUUUAGUUUAUUGUUUUAGAAGCCCCAUUAUCCUAUUCCUGAUAGUUAUAGUUGGGAUAGUAAGUCAGUGUGUCCAGUGUUUCAAGACUUCCAUAAAAUUUGACCAGGAGGAUUACAGGUAUUCUGUUGUUCUGUCUUGUUUGGAAUAAAGGUUGAUGGUA